GCCAGCUACUAAAUCAUCUCCGAUGGCACGAGCGCAGCUGGCUCUGCUCGUGGUCUGCUCUCUCGUCCUCGCCCUGACCGUCGCCGGUCAGAGGCCUCCCAAGUACCGCAAGCUGGUGAGGUGCAAAUCCCCGCAACUCUACCAGAACUGCAAGGGCUUCAUGUACUGCCCCGCCCGUUGCCCUCGCUCGUGCUACGUCGACUGCGAAACCUGCAAGCCGAUGUGCGUUUGUAACGCUCCCGGCGCGGUGUGCGGCGACCCGCGCUUCAUCGGCGGCGACGGCAUCACCUUCUACUUCCACGGAAGGAAGAACCAGGACUUCUGCCUGUUCUCCGACUCCGGCCUCCACAUCAACGCCCACUUCAUCGGAAAGCGAGACCCGACCAUGACCAGGGACUUCACCUGGGUCCAGGCCAUCGCCCUCCUCUUGGACGACCACCGCCUCUACGUCGGAGCUCAAAAGACUGCCGCAUGGGACGACGCGGUCGACCGCCUCAUGAUCACAUUCGACGGCGAGCGAGUGCAGAUCCCGACUAAGGAAGGCGCCAAAUGGCAGCCAUCUUCCGCCCGGGCCGUGUCCAUCGUCCGAACGAGCACCGCGAACGCGGUCACGGUCGAGGUGGAAGGCAAGCUCAAGAUCACCCUCAACGCGGUGCCGAUCACGGAGGAAGAAUCCAGGGUGCACAGCUACGGGGUGACCAAGGACGACUGCAUCGCCCACUUGGAGCUGGGCUUCAAGUUCUACUCCCUCAGCUCCGACGUGCAUGGGGUGCUCGGUCAGACCUACAGGGAGGACUACGUGAGCCGGGUGGACGUGACCAAGAAGAUGCCAGUGAUGGGAGGCGCAGACAAGUUCUUUGUCUCCGAUAUUUUCUCCGCCGAGUGCGCCGUGUCGCGCUUCGACCGCGAAGCAGGCGGCAUCGCCAUGGCCGUGGAGCACGAGGACGUCAAGUGCAGCAGCGGCAUGGGCGGCCGUGGCAUCGCCUGCAAGAAAUAAGCACGCGUGCAGCGUAUGAACCACGUAUCAUAACGCAUGUAGUACGUGCCAAGCACGCGAAUAACGAUGAUAUGAGUCGAACUAUCGUAUCUAUGAAACCUCUAUGUGGAACAAAUAAUUGAAUUAUCAUUUUAUAA